ACACCAACCGUCUGGGCGAGAAGGUCUCCGUCAUACAUGGGCGAAAUAACUGUACAAAUAACCUCCAUUGUUUUCGAAGAAACGACGGAAACCUCAUCACGCGGGAGAGACCACGGACCUGUCUGCGCUGCUUGAGUAAACAUUACUUAUGUUUCAUUGGUAAACGGGAGCUGUGGCUGUGGAGCGACGGUCUUAACGACGACUUGUUGCGGGGACGGAGAUGCGGCGGCGACGGCGGCGGCCCGGUGCAGAAACUGGUGGAUGCUGAGCAGCGUAGUGGAGAGAAGUAGUCUCCAUCACCAACCAUCCUUCCUCCCACAGCAGCUACAUGAGUCAACAUGGCCGCGGAGCAGCUCGACCUGCUCAUCUUCUGAGUCGUAGAGCAAAGCAAUACUUGGGUAAAGAAAAACUCACGGUUCGUUUUAUAUAUGCUCAGAAGGGCAUUUUAAUUUGAAGACAUGGGGGAAAACGAGACAAAGAAAGUUUUAGGCUCCAUAGCCACAGCAUAAAUGGCGUUCAUGUCCCGCUUCUCUCGGUCUCGGAGCAGCUCCAGGUCUCCGAGCCGAAAGGAGGCUGAGCGUGACUCCCCGACACUGACGGUGUCCGAGCUGGAGAGGCUGCUGUACACGGGCAAGACGGCCUGCAACCAUGCGGACGAAGUGUGGCCCAGGCUCUACAUUGGAGACCAAAACAUUGCCUCUGACCGCCGUGAGCUGGCCAGACUCGGUAUCACACACAUUCUGAACUGCGCGCAGAGCAAGUGGCGAGGCGGAGCCGAGUAUUACGCGGGAAUGAACAUCACCUACCACGGGAUCGAGGCUCACGACUCCCCGACCUUUGACAUGAGCGUGAACUUCUACCCGGCUGCCGAGUUUAUCCACAAAGCCCUCUCGAGUGGAGGUAAGGUGCUGGUCCACUGCACGGUGGGAGUAAGUCGCUCAGCCACUCUGGUGCUGGCCUACCUGAUGAUCAGACAGAACCUGACGCUGGUGGAGGCCAUCAGAACAGUCAAAGACCACCGAGGCGUCAUCCCCAACCGAGGUUUCCUCCGCCAACUCAAUGGACUGGACGGCAUCCUGAGAGAAAGCCGGAAGACAUCGCCGCAGAGCUGAAAACCCUCCCAUACACACACAGCCACACUCAUAAGCCAAGGUAGCAGCCAGACACACGAAACAGAGACAAAUUCAGAGCAACACGUGACUUUCUGACGCUGGAGGCUCUGAGUGGCAAAAGGGGACUGAAUGUCACUUUCCUGAGCUAACGGUAAUCUUUGUUUCUUUUUAUCUGGUCAGUUCUUUCACAUGUACUGCUGGCGGUGCCCAUCAAGGUCACACUCUCCAGGGAAGGUCCAAGUUUCAUCAGAUUGAUUAGUGGAGGCAAUGACAGCCUCACACUGUCCUUUAAAGCAUUCACACAUUCAUUUAACGUGUCAUAUUUUUACUGAAGGACAAAUCAGGGAAACCCUCAGGGAAACAGCAGAGGGUGCCACUUUCAGGUCAUGUAACUGGAGAAUGCAACAAUUGAUGCGUUUCCAUCCUUCAGACCAAGUACUUUCCAUUUGGGAUUUAGGAGUAUUGACAUUUUAAAGAUAAAAAGUUACUGAUUUGAUGGAAAAAUGGGUAAACGAGCAUUGAUAGAACGUCACUCUGUGGCAUGUAGGUUGGAGAGGUUUUAAAAGCACAACUCAAGUCCCAAAAAAACACGAGACAAAAAUUAAACCCACACUGAAAACAAAGAAGUCGAUCCAGCAGAGUUUAGUGUACUGCGAUUGCCUUUGUACAGGAAGUCUUGGUAAAAUCCCAACUAGUUUCUGAAGAAACCAAAAUCUACUUCCUUUUUGGUUGACCCUCGACUUUAAACUUCUCACAUUCCAGAGUACACAGGUGGCUUAUACUUACUCACUUUACCAGUUUAUUCCAGUUUACUCAAUUCUAAAUACCAACCUACCGAAUUAAUGAUUUCAUACACGUUCGUCUAUGCCAUGGCUUCUGCUGCUAUGUUUUUGUCUGUCAAGAACAGCUAAAUGCUGGGCGUGAUGUAUGCUGAAGCAAGAGGAGUGUUGCUAGGUGGUCUGCGGCGUGUAUGAACCAGUGUGUUCGAAUACUCACGGCCCGCAAUCAAGUGACCAGGUAUCAACUGUUUGACUUCGAAGGAAUUAUGGAAGAACCUUCAGGAAGCUGUAGCUGUAGAACAGAGAAGGCUUCCGCACUAUUCCCAGAGGCAAUUUAUGAGGACUUGGCUCUAGUACAUCAUUCCAGGGAUUCUACUAAGGGUGUUCUGAUUCUUUAUAAUGUUAGCCUCGGUUAUAGGUAGAAGGGAUCAGAAGUCAGUCUGAUCAGUUUCCUUUGCAUCAAGAAGAGUGGAAACGUUCUCGACUGUUUUUCCUGGCCGCAGGGUAGAUUCUGAAGGCUCUCAGGGGAUGACGUAUCUCUUCUGUCUUCCCAGCCAUGGAGAAUUUCAGAUUCUUCUAAGGGAACUGAAAAACAUAGCUGGAUGUUUGGAAUGUCUGAUUUAGCCUACAUGAACAUAGUAAGAAGGAUCCUGUGCAUUUAAGCCUGGAGAUCAAAACUAGGGAGAGUGGAAUGCACAACUCCAAAUUGCACAGAUGUGCUGCAGUCUGACCACAGGAUGCAGGUUUCUGCCAGAGAAAGUCCCUGGUAUCUAUGUUCAGGUAUUACCAGGUUGAGAGUUGGGUCUGGUUCAGCUGCUGAGUCGACGUAGCAACAAUUUAUGCGUUCACUUGGCGCUCUAGGACAUCAUCACCUUUCCUGGAAACCUAAUCAGUUCAACUCAAAUGUAAGGUGCAAGACAACAUGUUUGACCAUGCUCCCCCUCAACGCUACCUUGCCCCACUCUGCCUCGCUUAAACAAAAACGGGUUUGGAAGCAGUGCACUGCACCCGCUGCUUAACCCCGUAACUGUCAUGAUGACACCGGUAUCCUCAUGGACCCACUGACUUACAUGUAAGCAUUUUGAGGGCGACAAAGAAACGGUACACACCAUCAUGAUUUGUUCUUUUCCUCUUCUUGCACUAUGUUCCAGAACCGUGUGAAGGCACAGUUCCAGCUUUACAUUCUCCUGCCCACAUUGACAGGAAAAGUGAUGUUCUGUUGAUACCAAUCUCCAAUUCUACAACCAGAUGGCUCUAAACUUGUACAGUGAAUUUAUAGGCAUUGUUUUUACUACUCAGAUGAUUCCGUUUAAUAAGUGCCCUGGCCUGAGCUAUUGAGUCGUGCAGCAGUUGUAAUAUGGAUCUAAACCAGCAACGCUUUGUAGCCGUUAGGUAUUCAAAAUAACAACAGAGCUUUUUGCGGUGUGAAUAGAGUUUCGUUUUUGGUUUACUGUGGAAUACUUUAACAGGCACGGCCUUUCAUCUAUGUCCAUUAGCACUAGGAUUGCGCUGAAUUAAAAACUGUCCAGUCUAGUGUGUGUUUAAGUGUUACAUUGACUGGAAGGUCUCUUGGAUUUUGUCACAAAAUAAUACCAGAUAUGUGCCACUGCAAAAGCUACUAACUGCCUGGCUGACAGGAAGUGUUGGGUGUUCAGAGCCCUGUCGUACCCAGUGCUCUCUGUGACUGAUGCUAAGUGAGCCUUGUGCUUCCUGAAAACAUUCUCAGUAUUAGCUAGCUUAUUAAAAGUCCUCUUUAGUGUUGUUGUUAAAUACCUCAACUAUAGUGUUUCAAAUAUACUUUCUGGAGUUGUUCUGUGCUAUUGUAUCGGCAAGACGAAGUUUGGGUAAGAAGACAGACGGUUCGUCUCGUUGCUGAAAAAGUACAUAUUGGAUAUGAACGUUUGGAUUUGUAAAGUCUAGAAUACAGAUCUCAGCUAAUUUAGAAAUAUCAUUUUAGGGAAGUUGCCUCCCCAGAAAAGCUUAUCCUGCUCUCAUUGGUUAUCUGCAGUAGCAUGGACAGACCCCGCCCAUAUUUCCAUAUUGACCCUUUGCAUGUGACUUCACACUCUUCAGAAAGUAGCCCGCAUGGCCAUGACGGACGUCCAAGCCACCUAUGCGCAUGUUAACUCGUCAAAAAAACAGAGAGUUGGUAGUCUAAUGUUGUCAUAGGGUGCUGCACGGACGAGGAUUUGAAAGAUGAUGGUGAUGCAUAGCAGCAACUCGAACAAGUAAAAGGCAUGGCUAAACUGGCAAAAAUAACUUGGGAAAGCAAUCGCAGUCGUCUGUUCGAUACUCAGAUCCCUCACUUCCGACGUCCGUCAUGGUACCUCAGUGUGAUUAGAUGACAGAGUUGCAAAGGGUCAAAAAGGCUUGUUAGAACUUAAAACUCCUGACAGUGUUUCAAUAGAGAAAAGACUAAACUUGCUCUCAUUGGUGGUAACUUGUAGCUGUAUAGAAGUCUUAUAGAGGUCCACACAUACAGUAUAUAGAUGAGCUUUUUCACUGAACCUUUAAGGAUUUGGUUUGAAACCAUGUUAAGUUGCCUUCCCUCCAAACACUGGUCUCCCAUAGAGAUCAUUAUUCCAGGUCAGUCAUAACCAGACCUUUGGGCUAUAAAGGGGUCUUGUCCAGAUUUACUCUUAGCAAAGAUGUUAAAAAUCAGGCAUUACCAACUGCCUUCAUCAACCCUAGCCCAAACUUUUACUUUCAGGAAACUUCCUUGUUUGGACAGAAGUCCAAAUGUUUUAAUCAAAAUUCAAGGUUCCAUUUUGACUCUUUAAGCAGUGGGAGCUUUUGAUUUAAAAAUAUGAAGCAGCGGACAUGGAAAUAUAUUUGAACGUUUGUGUUGUCCAAAUUUCCUGAUUCUUGUCCACAAUACAAGAACAUAAUAGUCCCUGGAGACCAUAACCACAAUGCAGCUUUUGGUCGAGAUUUAUAAAGGGACUAACAGAAGAAAGCUGCAGUGAGAUCAGGCAUCUGAAAAGGUAGGAAUUUUUAAUUCUUGCUACUUUUGACCAAUAAACACAUUUGAAACCUGUGGAUCAAGAAUUGGUGUUUUCCUGAAACACAGGAAAUUCUUUUUGCGGUAUUAUAUGUUGUCUACAUCAAAACUCGCCAAGUUAAUAACAUGUUGUUACUGUGAUAUGUUUUCUUUUCACUCUCCCCGAAAUUAAAAAAAUAUUUGCAACAAUUUUUUAACAAUAAAGCCUGAAGCUUGAAUGGAGCCUGAUCCUUCCACAACCCUUUCUAUGUUAAAAACUUUCAUAACUUCAUAAUCUUCUGAGUCAUCAGCUGCCACUUCUUUAAUGUUUAAUACCACAUUUGGCUGUUAUGUCAUCAUGAAUACACUUUAUAAAACAUCUAUUUCUAAGUGUUAUGUUGCGGUUUACAGAUCAUGGCUUCAUGCCUUCACCAUGUUGUGGCCCAGUUGAUCACAGUGAGCUCCAGUGUUUCUUUUUCCAAAAUAAAGUACCAGAACACGUCUGAAGACUCCCUCUAACUGGGUGACAAACGGGUAUUAGCAGGUCCCCGGCGUCUUUUGGUUUGUCUUUACUACGUGCUUGUUUUCUGAUGCCUUCUGCAUCUUGUGUUUUAAUGUUGUCCAUCUUGAUGUUCGGUCUAAGCAGACAGCAUUAAAAGGUCAUUUAAGUGAUUACACUUUUGUACAGCUUAGGCUAAACUUCAGAGGUCUGAUGUUUCUUCUGCUCAGUGUUCUCCUCCAGACAGAGGAGCAUAUAUGAUGUCCUAUUAACAGCAUAACCUGCUGAUCUGAAUAAGCUAAGCUACUAACAUAGAGAUGGCAGUCAAAAAACAAUUAAGAACUCUCCUAAAAGAACACGGAGGGAAAUGUUUUCAUUGUGACUUUCAGCUUUCCUGCAGUAUGUUUUGUAUUUGUGACUUUGUUGUGAUGUGACUUUGUUCUUGCCGUUUAUAUCCCCGUGGUUCCUAGCAACAGCCCUUCGAUAGGAAGACUGGAAUUCCAGUGAAUUUAUUUUUGUACCACUCUGUCUGUGAUUCCCCCUAAAGGAGAUGUUCAUGCCUUAAUCUGUGUUCUUCAACUUGGUCUUGUUACGGUGAGAAACGACCACAAUUGUCAACUUUGUUUUGAUAAAUGCUGUAAUCGGUCAUAAAUAAGUAGAAAAAUC